ACAAACUCGAAAAGCUUGCCCAUACACUUCCUUCAUUUUAACAAGAGUUUGAUUUUCUUUCCAUUUUCUUAUUUUCUAGAAUCCUUGGUUUCUUAAUAGAGUAAUGGCUGUACAUUUUCUAAAAUUGUGAGCAAAUCGGUUGCGAAAGGUUUUACCCAAGGUUAUUGGGGAGCAGCAGAUGGCAUUUAUUGGGGGCAAAGAACUAGUGGAUGGUUUUGUGAUUGCAAAUGAAGUUAUUGAUGAAGUCAAAAGGAAGAAGAAGACAUGUUUCAUAUUUAAAGUUGACUUCAAGAAAGCAUAUGACAAAGUGUGUUGGGAGUUUAUUAGUUAUAUGAUGAUGCGGAUGGGAUUUAAUGCAAUAUGGAGGAAAUGGAUACUAGAAUGCCUAAGCUCAAGCUCGGUUUCUGUUCUUAUUAAUGGAAGCCCAACGAAACAAUUCUCGGUCAACAAAGGCAUACAACAAGGAGACUCGUUAUCGCCUUUCCUAUUUUUGAUUGUGGCAGAAGGGUUGAAUGGAUUAGUAGCCUCAACAGUGGAGAAAGGAUUAUAUAAAGGAGAGAGGGUAGGUAGUGAAGGUGUCAUGGUGUCACAUUUACAGUUUGCGGAUGGCAUUAUAUUCUUCGGGGAAGCAUUGGAUGACAACAUAUGGGCAAUUAAGGCUAUUAUGAGGACCUUUGAGCUAGCUUCAAGACUAAAGAUCAACUAUGGGAAAAGCCAAUUAAUGGGGGUGGGAGUAGAGGAAAGAUGGAGAGCUGAAAUGGCAUACAGAUUGUAUUGUAAAGAAGGAGAACUACCAUUUAAAUAUCUGGGAAUCCCCAUUGGCAGGAACAAUAGAAGGACAGCCAUGUGGCAACUAAUGGUGCAAUCAUUUGAGAAGAAACUAACUACCUGAAAGGGUCGACACCUUUCUAUGGGAGGUCAUAUCAUGCUCCUCAAUUCAAUAUUGUCUUCUCUGCCCAUGUUCGUAAUGUCAGUCUAUUUAGUCCCAAAAGGGGCUUCUCGCCCGGCGCCUAGGCCGGACUAAAAAAUAAAAAGACAAAACCACUUAAUCACACAUUAAUCUUAUAUCUGUAUCUCCACCGGCAGGUCAAACACCAGAAUAUCACCAUCAAAGUGCCCUGGGCCGACUGGUGACGGUGGCGCCGGCCCUAGGAGUGUGGAUUCCUGUUUUUCUUUCUUUUUUCUUUUCUGGGUGUAAUUGUUUUGGACUUUCAUAAUAAACAAUAUUUUUCUAC